AGACCAGGGCUGGUGGGGGCACCAGCGCCUAGAGCGCGCCGCGCCCUCCCCCUCCCGCGGAGACUCCGCCGCUGCACGGGGAGGGGGCGCUGGGGAGCAGGGGGCGGGGGCUAAAAAUACCCGGCGGCGGCGCUGCGACUGCUGGGGCUGCGGAGCCGCGGGGCUGUGGCCCGAAGAGGCAGUACCGGGCCAGGCCGGCCCGCUGCCGGACAUGCUGACCUUCUUCCUCAUAUCAGGGGGCUCUCUCUGGCUGUUAGCGGAGCUCAUCCUCUCACUUCUGGAGAAGAUGCAGACACAGGAGAUUCUGAGGAUGCUGCGGCUGCCCGAGCUGGGUGACUUGGGACAGUUUUUCCGCAGUCUUUCAGCCACCACCCUCAUGAGUGUGGGUGCGCUGACGGCCAUCCUCGCCUACUGGUUCACUCACCGGCCAAAGGCCUUGCAGCCGCCGUGCAACCUCCUGAUGCAGUCAGAGGAAGUGGAGGACAGCGGUGGGGCCCGGCGGUCUGUGAUUGGGGAUGGCCCUCAGCUGUUCACCCACUACUACGAUGAUGCCAGAACCAUGUACCAGGUGUUCCGCCGUGGGCUCAGCAUCUCAGGGAACGGACCGUGUCUCGGCUUUAGGAAGCCCAAGCAGCCUUAUCAGUGGCUGUCCUACCAGGAGGUGGCCGACAGGGCUGAAUUUCUAGGGUCCGGACUUCUCCAGCACAACUGUAGAGCAAGUACGGACCAGUUUAUUGGCGUUUUUGCACAAAAUCGACCGGAGUGGAUCAUCGCGGAGCUUGCCUGCUACACGUAUUCUAUGGUGGUGGUCCCACUCUAUGACACCCUGGGCCCUGGGGCUAUCCGCUACAUCAUCAACACAGCUGACAUCAGCAUCGUGAUCGUGGACAAACCUCAGAAGGCCCAGUUUCUGCUGGAGCAGGUGGAGAAGAAGGAGACUCCAGGACUCAAGCUGAUCAUCCUCAUGGAGCCGUUCGAGGAGGCUCUGAAAGAUAGAGGGCAGGAGUGCGGGGUGGUCCUCAAGUCCAUGCAGGCUGUGGAGGACUGUGGCCAGCGGAAUCACCACGUUCCUGUGCCCCCAAAGCCCAGCGACCUCUCCAUUGUGUGUUUCACAAGCGGCACAACAGGGAACCCAAAGGGCGCAAUGCUGACCCAUGGGAACGUGGUGGCCGACUUCUCGGGCUUUCUGAAAGUGACAGAGAAAGUGAUCUUUCCGAGACAGGACGAUGUGCUCAUCUCCUUCCUGCCUCUGGCUCACAUGUUUGAGAGAGUGAUCCAGAGUCAGUGGGCUCCCACUUGUGCGGAUGUGCACAUUUCCUAUUUGCCUUUAGCACACAUGUUUGAGCGAAUGGUGCAGUCUGUCGUCUACUGCCACGGAGGGCGAGUCGGCUUCUUCCAGGGAGACAUCCGUCUCCUUUCAGAUGACAUGAAGGCUCUGUGCCCCACCAUCUUCCCGGUGGUCCCACGGCUGCUGAACCGGAUGUAUGACAAGAUCUUCAGCCAGGCGAACACGCCGUUGAAGCGCUGGCUUCUGGAGUUUGCAGCAAAGCGUAAACAGGCUGAGGUCCGGAGUGGAAUCAUCAGGAAUGACAGUAUCUGGGACGAGCUCUUCUUUCACAAGGUUCAGGCCAACCUCGGCGGGUGUGUGCGGAUGAUCGUGACUGGAGCGGCCCCCGCAUCGCCGACAGUCCUGGGCUUCCUCCGGGCGGCUCUGGGGUGCCAGGUUUAUGAAGGUUAUGGCCAAACUGAGUGCACAGCUGGAUGUACGUUCACCACCCCUGGGGACUGGACCUCAGGGCACGUAGGGGCGCCCCUGCCCUGCAACCACAUCAAGCUCAUCGACGUCGAGGAGCUGAACUACUGGGCCAGCAGAGGAGAGGGAGAGAUAUGUGUGAGAGGACCGAACGUGUUCAAGGGUUACUUGAAAGAUCCAGACAAGACGCAGGAGGCCCUGGACAGCGAUGGCUGGCUCCACACUGGAGACAUCGGGCGCUGGCUGCCGGCGGGAACUCUUAAAAUUAUUGACCGGAAGAAGCACAUAUUUAAACUUGCUCAGGGAGAAUAUAUUGCUCCUGAGAAGAUUGAGAACAUCUACAUCCGAAGUGAGCCUGUGGCACAAAUCUAUGUCCAUGGGGACAGCUUACAGGCCUUUUUGGUGGGCGUCGUGGUGCCGGACCCUGAGGUCAUGCCCUCCUGGGCACAGAAGAGAGGAAUCGAAGGGACACAUGCAGAGCUCUGUGCAAACAAGGAGCUGAAGAAAGCCAUUUUGGAAGAUUUGGUGAGGUUAGGAAAAGAAAGUGGACUGCAUUCCUUUGAACAGGUAAAAGCCAUUCACAUCCAUUGUGACAUGUUCUCAGUUCAGAACGGCUUGCUGACACCGACAUUAAAGGCUAAGAGACCUGAGCUGAGAGAGUACUUCAAAAAACAAAUAGAAGAGCUUUACUCACUCUCCAUGUGAAGUUCCAGGGAAUUUCUUCUCCGUACAGUGGACUGUGUAGCAAUAUUACAGUUAUUCUCGAAAGUAAUGAGUCAGAAUGAUGCAGCCGAAACGAAUAAGCACGUGACCUUAAGACUGAGCCUUUUCCUGUCCUGAGAGACCUUUAACAAUAUUUUCUCUACCAUCACUGAGUACACUUUAUUUUUAUUAAAAUGAUACCGUAGCAAGCUGCUAAAAGUAUUGCAAAUGGCAAUGUAAAAAUCAAGGCUUUUCUCAAGAACUGUGUACCACUAAAUAUGCGCUCAAUGUUCUCAGCACCCCUAUUAAACAUAAAGGAAAAACAUAACCGAUAUAUUGUACUUAAUUACUUGUGAAAUAGUGACUGGAAAGUGCAAAUAUCUAGGCAAUGUGGACUACCUCAUUCAAUAACUGAUUGUCAAAGUCACAAUUAAAUCAGACUUAAAAGUUAAAACCGGGUGUACAGAGUCAUGCUACAUGAAGCACGGUCACUCGCAUUCUAUAUAACUUCAGUCUUCGGACGUGACAGUCCUUGUUGAUGCAAAAAAUGCUUUCUCUCUAAUUUUUACUUUUAUUCACAAAAAAUGCAGAUUCAGAUAUUUUCAAAACAAAUGUUAUAUUUAUAUAACAUGAUACAGCAACCUUUCAAUACAUUUUCUCAUCAGCUUAUUAAAUAUUCAGUAACUACCUAGAAAAAAGUGUAAUGUGUAACUACUUCAAGAAUAGAAUGGGUAUGUUCUUGGACCUCUUACCACAUGAAUCCCCAAAACUGCCUUGUUGACUGUACAAUGACUGGGUCUUUGGGGAGGACUUGGGAAAAGGAACCCGGAAUUAUUGCUCAGGGUGGGCAGCAGUUAAAGUACUCAUGCGCCUGGCUGGGUUCUCCCAGGCUUCCGUUCUCAGUGUGUCCACGCCAGGCCUGGGAAACCCAUCAUGCCCAUGAUUCGGAAGGAUCUUACUUGCUUUCAGCAAGACUAUCAAGGCACGAUGUAGGGAGGAAGGAAUGUUAUUUCCAAAUAAGGUCAUUUUUCCACAACAAUUCUGAAGAAUAUAAAUAUCUCCUCGGGGUACAGUUUCAUUCAUAAAAUCUUUAAGUGCUUUGAAGCUCCACCACAAAAAUCUCUCGCGUUAUGUAUUUAGAUGUGCCCUGCACCCGGCUGCCAACAAUUUCAUGUAAUUAAAGCCCAGCAUGAAGGGCAGUUAAGGCCCGAGCUAUACACUGUCCACCUGCAGAAGGAAACCUUCCUUGGAAGGUGUUUUGUGUAGAGACUGGGCUCUGAAAGCGGAAAAGGGGGCAGUGUUCCCAGUCCAGAAUACCCCUUCCCCCAGAGCAAGCCCAGACUGAGUUAAAAGCUGCGCCAUCACACAGGCCUCCUGGAUGGGCGUGCACAAGUGACUGCACACUUACACAUCGGUCUUGGCAAAAGUGAACCACAGCUUCAUCGGAUGUAUUUAUCCAGUUUUUUAAUAUGUAUUGCGUUGCAAUAUUCUCUUUGCAGACCCACUACUUACUUGCCUUACACUUACAAAUUUGACUUUUUGUAAAUGAGCUAGUUCUAUGCAUAUUAAUUUAAAGGCAUUUCUGAAUAAACAAAUACUAGAAAAUGCCUAAGGCCACAUCUCUAUAACAUGAAAUUUUUAUAUUUAAUAGAUAGUUGACUAAUUAAAAAGGAAAAUCAUUACCUGGAUAUUCAUACUAUUUUAAAGGCAAAUAGCUUCACAUCUUGAAGAAAAUGAAACUUUGGAAACAAAAGCGGUUUUGUUUCCAAAAGGAUUUUGACAAUGUCAUAUAAGCAAAUGAUUUAAAACAUUUUGAUUCUAUUUAUACCUCACAGAGGUUAGAUAAGGUUGAUUAUGGACACCUUGAGAUUUCUUCUUUUUCUUCUUUUAAAGAUCUUAUGUUUCCACCAGCCUUCCUGAUCUGUGUGAAAGCAUCACACUUGGGCCAAUAAAUCAGUUACCGCACAUAUGAUGAGAAAAGUGAACAGUGGGCCCCCAAAUAUAUCGCAAGUACAUUUAUCUAUUCCUCUGCUUAGCUGCACUGAUUUUUUUUUAAUACAGGAGGAACGGAGCAAUAUGUAUUAAUGGGAAAGCCCUUCGUGUUUCAGAUUUCCCAGCUUUAUUUAGCGCAACGAAGUCUGUGUUUCACUUUAACCAAUACAGAAAAAGGCUGUGUGCUUAAGACACGCACCUUCAUAGUGGAGGUCGGGUCCAGUUUAAGUCUAGAGGUAUAGCCCAGAUCAAUUCCUUACGCAUAAACAUAUUUAAACAUUUGGCCUUUUACCUGUUUGUCAUUCAAAUGUGUUUUCUCACAUUUUACAAGCUAAUCUUGUGUCUAUUAUAAAAUAGAAUAUAUGCCAAUUUUUUUUCCUUUUGCCAUGAAAGACAUCUCUGUGUUAUGCUAUGAUUCCCUCCAGGUGAUAGAGGAAACUCUGGCCAGGCGUGGUGUGUAGGCAUAGCUGCAACUGUUGGGAACUCACGAACUCAGGAGUCCAAGGAAUGGACACACCGUGUCUUUCUCACAUGAGCAAGUCAAUCUUUCAUUCCUAAUUUAGGUAAAACUGCAAGCAUGAGAAAAAAUGCUAUUUUUAUAGUCAGGUGAUGUUUUAGCUACUUGAAGUUGGCACUGAACUUGAUUGUAUUACCCACUGAAGAACCAAUAAUCUUAUUUUCUGCAUAAAGAAAGUGAAUUAUUCUUUAUUUUCCAAAUGUAUAAAGCACAAAUGUGAUCUAGUUAUUUAGAAUACAAAAUACUAUGAAAUGAAUGUAAAGAAUGGAAAAAUGUAUUUUUGCAUGAAAACAGACUACUUACAAACUUGCUUAAUUAUCUCAGGAAAAAAGAAUGAAUAAUCACACAUAAAAUUGGUAAGCUAUACAUUGAGCUCCAUCGCUGCAUUGUCUUGCCUGUUUUUAUUUUAAGGAGGCAUGUACAGGAAAAGAUGAAAUGAUCCCCGGAGUCGGAAUUUACUCUCCGGUACCCUGCACAGUCCUUUCUGUGGGUGUACAAUUAACUGCAGUGAGAAUGGGAUUAGCAUUCAAGUGAGGACAAAGCUGCAGAUGAGAAACUUGGUUAUCACCCAGAGGAUACCGAUAAAUAUCUGAAAUACAAACAUUUCUGAACCUGGGCCCAAGCUGAAAGGUUUUCAUGAGGUGAAAGUGGCUUUUAAACAUUCAUUUGACUGGUUAUUUUCAUUUUCCUUGUUAAGUCAUUGCAACAAGUGCAUGAGGGGGGGAAAUGGAUAUUUUUUGAAGACUCGCUUAUUCAACUUUCAAUUUUUUUAAAAGGAGAUUAAAAUAUUACUUUUUAAAUAUGCAUAAAAAUAACAACUAUAUUUUAGUUGCUUUGUUAUAAUAGCAUGCAUAUCAAAUAUAA